AUGUCCAACGUCAACUCUGGCAAGCAGCGUUCGGCUAUCGCCGACGUGGUGUCGCGCGAGUACACCAUCAACCUCCACAAGCGCACCCACGGUGUCAGCUUCAAGAAGCGUGCUCCCCGUGCCAUCAAGGAGAUCCGCGCCUUUGCCGAGCAGGCCAUGGGUACCAAGGACGUCCGCCUCGACCCCGCCCUCAACAAGAAGGUCUGGGAGGCCGGUAUCAAGGGUGUCCCCUUCCGUCUCCGUGUUCGCAUCUCCCGCAAGCGUAACGACGAGGAGGGCGCCAAGGAGCGUCUGUACUCCCACGUCCAGGCCGUCAACGUUAAGAACCCCAAGGGUCUGCACACCGCUACCGUCGAUGACGCGUAAGUGUGUUGACUACGUCUAUGUCUUUGCUUCUAUGAUUCCAUGUUACACUUGGGGUUCGGUCGGGGCUUUUUCAAAAUAAAAUACCUUUUUACCCAUG